AUGGAGUGUCACCUCUCCAUUCUAUUGCUCAUCUUAUCAUCCUUCUGUCUGCAAACUUGCACCGGGGAAGAUCGGAUAACCCUAGGCCAAUCCAUCACAGCAAACCAGACCAUAACCUCUGAGGGUGGAUUUUUCUCACUAGGCUUCUUCACUCCUCACAAUUCUACAAACAGCUUCUUCGGAAUAUGGUAUCACAAUAUUCCCGAUCAAACGGUCAUAUGGGUUGCCAACAGAGAAAACCCACUCACAGAUUCCUCGGGAGUUCUUACAAUUACCCAAGAUGGAAAUCUCGCAGUCUUGGUUAGAACCAAGAACAUCCUUUGGUCAUUGAACCUGUCGACUCAGGCUCGAAGAAACACUACUGCAAUACUCUUGGAUGAUGGCAAUCUUGUUUCGAGAGAUGACGGUCAGUCCAUUUUGUGGCAGACCUUCAACAAUCCUUAUGGUUCCUUUCUCCCUGGCAUGAAACUAUCGUUGAACCAAAAAACCAGCGAAAGUACAUUCAUUUUGUCAUGGAAAGAUGCUGAUGACCCAACAUCGGGAGAAUUUUCCUUUGGUAUCGAUCCUCACACACCGAGCCAGCUGAUCAUGCUAAGAAGAUCAGACAAGUACAGGAGAAGUGAUGUUGGCCAGCUGGGAGUGGUUGUCCCACUGCUUGGGAAAUAUAAUGUACUCUACCAAGCUACUGUAUCUGACAACAAGGAGGCCUACGUCACACUACAACAAAAGGAGGUAAAACCGGCAUUUGCGUUCUACUUUCACCGGCGCUAUGUAAGAGGUAAAACCGACGAAUAUUUUACUAUAUAUUAA